AGCAGCGGAGAGUCGCCGGGAGCCGGCGGGCUGUGAGGAUGUCUCGGCUGAGCCCGAUCGCGGUGCUCUGCGCCUUGCUUUGCAAAGCCGCGUUCCUGCUGUGCGGGACAGAAGGACAGAGUGGUGCUGAGCCAGAGGUGACUAUUGCACUUGGACGGCUCAAAGGAACACAGACAAAUGUGAAGGGGACAGACAAGCUCGUGAAUGUUUUCCUUGGAAUUCCUUUUGCAAAAGCCCCUCUUGGACCUUUGAGGUUUUCCCCACCUGAACCACCUGAACCCUGGACUGGUGUGAGAGAUGCAACUUCUCACCCACCACUCUGUCCUCAAGAUCUGUCCAUGUUGAAAACAGCUGAAAAAAACUUUAAAGAAAAACACAUCGCAUUCCAAACUUCUGAGGACUGUUUGUAUCUGAGUGUCUACAGCCCUGCUGGCUCAAGCAAGAAGGACAAGUUACCUGUAAUGGUGUGGAUCCAUGGAGGCAAUUUUGUAUUUGGUGGUACUGCUCGGUAUGAUGGCUCUGCACUGUCAGCCUAUGAGAAUGUCGUGGUGGUAAUAAUUCAGUACAGACUGGGACUCCUUGGAUACUUCAAUACUGGUGACGAGCACGCCCGGGGGAACUGGGCAUACUUGGAUCAGGUCGCAGCUCUUCGGUGGGUCCAAGGAAAUAUUGAACACUUUGGUGGAGACCCAGCAUCUGUCACUCUCUUUGGGAUAUCUGCAGGAUCUUGCUCUGUUUUUGCACAUGUGUUAUCUCCUUUAUCUAAGGGUCUCUUUCAUAAAGCAAUAUCAGAGAGUGGAAUUAUAAUCCCUCCCGGUAAAGAUUUACAUCUUUCAACAGAUCUUGAGAAAAUUGCCAAUAUCUUCAAGUGUGAGGCGAGCAGUUCCCUCUCCCUGCUGAACUGCUUGAGGAAGCAGGAAGCAGAGCACAUAAUCCAUAAAAGCAAGGAAAUCUCAUUUCUACCCUUAGUUUUGGAUGGAGUGUUUCUUAAUAAGCCACCUGAAGAGAUAUUGGCUGCAAAAGAAUUCAAUGCAGUCCCUUACAUGAUAGGAGUCACCAACAAUGAAUUUGGCUGGAAUAUUAGAUCGACAUCAAAAAUGAAAAGUUUGAGGGAAAUAGGAGAUAGAAAAUCAAUUGCCUCAACUGUAGAGGUUUUUCUACCAAUGAUCGACGUACCCUCAGAUUUUCUGCCCAUGAUCUUAGACGAAUAUCUGGGAGACACAGAGGACCCUGCAGAGCUCCGGGAUGGAUUCCUGGACCUGCUGGGGGACAUGGCAAUUGUCAUGCCAGCCAUUAAAGCUCUGAAUUAUCACAGGGAGUCUGGAGCUCCUACCUACUUCUUUGAGUACCAGCACCGGGCAAGUGCAUUCAGAGACAGCAAACCAGACUAUGUGAAGGCUGACCAUGGGGAUGAAGUUGGUUUUGUCUUUGGGGGGCCGUUUCUGGCCGGGGACAUCCAGCUCCGCAGUGAAGUUACAGAGGAAGAGAAGAACCUCAGUAGAACUCUAAUGAAGUACUGGGCUAACUUUGCUCGAAAUGGAAAUCCUAAUGGAGAGGGUCUGGUUGAAUGGCCGUCUUACAACCUAAAUGAAGAAUACUUGCAGAUAAAUCUACAGCAAAAGAAAGACAGAAAGUUGAAAGAAAAGAAAGUAAAAUUCUGGAAAAAAGUGAUCCUUGAAAAGACAAAUAAGAAAAGCACACAAAACAAGAAGUUUAAAUUAGAGUUAUAGUUUACAGUCUAAACAUGCACAUAAUAUGCAAAUUAUUAGGAUAUUUU